AUGCCUCCCAAAAAGAAGAAACCUCAGGUGGUGCCGAUGCCGCUUUUCAGCAGGCUUCCCGCGGAGAUACAAAUCAUGAUCUUCCACGAGGCGCUUCGGAAGCCACAGAUUCACUUUGUGAAAGUGACGCGCGAUCAAAGUCCUAGAUUUAUGGAUAAUGACCGGUUUUGGUCUGUGAUCCUAAAACCCAGGGACAAGAGUGCCGAUACUUCCGGUUAUCGCCUGUUUGACAACAUACAGGAUAUUGCACUCUUUUCCCCCAUCGCGGCUGAAGUGAUCCGCAAAAACACCCUAAAGGUGCACCGUCUGCCAAUUUCGAAGGAUGGCUCGUGGAUGAUUGACGCCGCCACGGAUCUCGUGGUUCUCGAAUUUGAUCCCGACAAAUCAGGUAGUAGGGUGCGGUUAUGGCACCCACGAAACCGAGUCUACAAUUCUACCCUGGACGUCACAGCGAUCCGUCAACAGCUUGAGGGGAUCCGAAAACGGAAACAUACGAGUCGGAAUUUCUGUCCGGAGGAGCUGCUGGGGUUGAUUUACCAGCUAUCUCACAUCGAAGCGGUCUAUUUCAUUCUCAAACACAGGGUAAAUGUCAAGGCCGUGAUAGACUAUGCGGCCAGCUACUUUUCCGUCCCGUCCGCUACACGCAACACAUUCGGCUUCAAAACCUUCUACUCCACAACCAGGAGCUACAUCACUGUCCCCCUUCCUUCCUACGAGAUAGGACCGGUAUUCCACGCGACCUGGAAGGCGAAGGAUUGCAUCUGGCCGGAGGACUCACCACCAGCACUCGUUAGCGCAGCCCGCGAGGCGACUAUGGCCCUUCCCCCGGACUCCAGAGAGAGACAAUACGUGAAGCAUAUGCGCAAAUUGUCGUACCUAGGUCGCGCACUAGACCAUCGUGAAGAGGUCUGGCCCUUGGUUGCGGAAAUGAUCCGGCAAAUGCGGGCUGAUCAAGAUACUCACUUCUCGCCGGACUGGCCGCAUCCAAUCCCACCUCAAGCCAACACGGCCCGGUUCAGGGCUUACAGAGAACAUCACAGGCUGCAAUACAACCUUGACAAUCUCACCAAGGAGAGGCGAGAUAAUCUGGAGUUUGGCAUGUUGCUUAUGGUGGAUGAGACGGCUGGCUGUCAGAAUGGGAAAGACAAGGACGUCAAAUGUAAGGCUGGUGGCGUAAAUAAGAAGACGAAGGAUGGAAAAUCGGUUGCCUAA